AUGGCCUCGCAAAAUCCAAACGUUGGGCGUCCUGCCACGGCAGACAUUGAAGCAGGCACUUUGACCCACGAGAAAGACCAAUGGUACCAGCGUUUGCUGGACGCUGGUCUGGAAGAGAAUGGCGUCAAGCCGGUCCCAGUCGAGGAAAGGACCAACACCUCGUACAACAACUUGUUCAGCGUAUUUUUCACAGCUUUACUCUGCGUGCUCCCUAUACCGACUGGUAUGAUUGCUACCCUGAGUUUUGGGAUGGGUCUGAGAGAUGCUUCCCUUACCAUCCUCUUCUUCUCCUUGCUUUGCUGCACUCCUCCGGCUCUGAUGGGCUGCGGUGGUUACAAAACGGGACUAAGACAAUUGGUCCAAGCCAGAUACUCAUGGGGUCUUUACAUUGUCACAAUCCCCCUUCUGCUGAAUGCUGCUACAAUCACUGGGUUCUCUCUAAUCGCAGCCAUUGUUGGUGGUCAGACCAUAGCUGCGAUCAAUCCGGGACACGUGAGCGUGAAUGUCGGGAUCGUGAUCGUUAUAGUGAUCAGCUUUUUCGUGUCCCUCUUAGGGUUUCGAUCACUGCAUGCCUGGGAGAGAUGGAGCUGGAUACCAAAUUUGAUAGCGCUCAUUAUAACUGUAGGAUGCGGUGGACGUCAUCUGUUCCAACAAGCUGAGGCUGCACCGGCCGAGGCGGCAGCCGUUGUAUCAUAUGGAGGUCUCAUUGCUGGAUAUUUUAUCACUUUCGGCGGUACUGCCUCAGAUUAUUCGAUCUAUCACAACCCAAAAGCCUCUAAGAUCAAGGUAUUUACUUACAUCUAUCUAGGCCUCCUGACGCCGUCUGUGCCACUCUUCAUACUCGGAGCAGCUAUGGGUGGUGCUGUUCCGUUGGUCGAAGGAUGGUCCGAUGCUUACGAAGCUUAUGGCGCUGGGGGCGUACUUGCUGAAAUGCUCAGUAUAUCUGGAGGUUUCGGAAAGUUCGUCCUGGUCCUUUUGGCCUUGAGUGUACUUGGAAACAUUGCCAUUUCCAUGUACUCUAUCGCCUUGAAUCUUCAAAUGAUUCUGCCGUUCUUUGCCAAGAUACCUCGGUACUUCUUUAUUCUUGUGGUCAUCAUCGUGAUGAUACCCACUGCGAUAAAGGCUGCUGAGCAGUGGGAAGAAUCAUUAGAGAACUUUCUCGCUUUGAUCGGGUAUUGGGCGGGGUGUUUCGAUGCCAUUUUGAUAGAAGAAAUGGUCAUCUUCCGCCGCAUGGAUUUCUCGACUUAUGAUCACGCUAUAUGGAACGUAGGAAGAAGGUUACCCUCGGGCAUUCCUGCCAUAGCUGCAUCCAUUUGCUCAAUGGGUUUGGUCGUACCGGGAAUGGCCGAAGUUUGGUUCACCGGACCAAUUGCUGAGAAGACGGGUGACAUUGGCUUCGAAAUGGCCUUCUUCGUCACAGCCUUGUGUUAUCUCCCCUUUCGUUGGCUCGAAAUCAAGAUGAGGGGCCAUCUAUGA